AUGGAUGCAGAAUCAGGCUCAUUUGGAACCAUGUUCUUUCAAAGAGUGCUCGUAUUGUUUACGUUAAUUUUCACGUUGAAUUUGGUACGGAUAACUGAAACAAGAAGAGAGAGUGAACUAGUUCACCGACUUGAGCCACAGUUACGACAACGAGCAACAGCUUUGCGAAACCUGGCGUUUCCUCUACCAGGGGCAAGUUUUGAUGAUUAUUUUAAAGAUGUUGCGCGACAAAGAGUCCCUGUCCAUGCGGAGACCGAGCGAUGUAGACAGGACAGUCAAUUGGUGGUCGACUCCAUCGUCGAGGGAGAGACUUGGGCCCUCCGUAUGUUUGAUGCAUCUAGCAAACUUCAAAGUGGAUUGCUAGAUGGUCUGUUGAUAGAUCUCGGUAACUACAAUGAGUGUAUUGAGACCAUCGAACCAAAACAUAAGUUUACCGGACAACAUUGCCUAGUGGAAACAAGAGGAAUACUUCCUCCAGAACUGCAUGAGAAAAUAAACUAUGAUAUGUCUGUCAUCCCACCAGAUUACCUCGAUGAGGUGAAAAGCGUGGGUCUUUUCAACGACUUGAUGUUCUCAGUGUGUGUUCCCUCCAGCUGUUCGGCUCAAGAUGUCAAAGUCCAUAUGGACCAUGUCCUGGCACCAAUUAACGCAUCUUCUGUCCUCUAUGAGACCAGCUGUUCUACAAACCAACCCUUACCUUUUAGGCUGACGGAUUAUAUAGCUGUAAUAUUCUUCAUUGGCAUCCUCGCACUUGUUGUCUGGAGCUCAGUUGUUGACUUGCUGUCUUCUGAGAAAAAAUCAGACUUAGUGGAAGCUUUCUCUUUGCAGCGCAGCUGGAGACAGUUGGUAAUCUUGAAGGACAGCAAUGCAGACGAUAUUCCUUGUCUGCACGGCUUGCGAGUGCUGUUAACUGCUGCAAUCAUUCUAGUUCAUUCUACAGGUGUAUCGAUAGUGACCAUAAAUACAGCAAAGAGCUCAACUAUAAAGUUGAUGAAUUCUUACUACGUUGCUGUUUUGGAGGGUUUGCUGUUCCGAGCUGUCGAUGUUUUCUUCUUGAUGGGAGGAAUCGUUAGAGCUCACAGCUUCCUUCAAGAAAGAUCAAAAGGAAGACAACUCAAUUUUCUGUCAUCAAUUGGCAGAAGAUAUUUCAGAUAUACCCCGACUCUGGCUGUGCUGAUGCUGUAUACUGCAACGUUGCUGAUUCACUCUUCCAGUGGACCGAUGUGGGGUCGGUUUAUGGGCUUCUCAACUUGGAGCUGUCGUACUACUUGGAUCACCGGGAUAUUACACAUCUCCAACUAUAUUUACCCAGUGGCUGCGUGUGUUGGAGAAAGCUGGUAUCUCGCUGCAGAUUUCCAAAUGUUUGCUCUGUCCCCGUUGUUCCUAGUACCACUAUAUAAGAGGCCGCAACUUGGGAAAACACUUCUGAUGGUUGUGGGUGCCGUAUGUUUGGCAGUUUAUGCAACAGUUUCCUAUGUGAAACAAGUUGACGCUGGCGGUUAUUCAUGCCUAUACAACCGCCACAAUGAGUUGAUGUCAGAGCACUAUUUCCAAACUCAUCUACGAUUGCCAGCAUACCUGCUCGGACUCGGCUUGGGAUAUGCAGUGUUCUCUGCAGCUCAAGCCAAAAAAAGAAUUGAACUCACUAAAAUAAAGCUAUUGGCAGGCUGGACUGUGGCAAUAGUGUUUAUGAUUCUUCCAGUUUACGCCUCCAAAAUCAUCAUGACUCCAAACUACCAGUACACUCCGUGGCUUGAUGUGUACCACAACGCCUUCACCAAGCUUCAAGUGGCGGCCGUUGGUGCAUGGAUCAUCCUAGUGUGCACACAAGGAUACGGAGGACUGAUGAACGAUUUUCUGUGUUGGCGAGGAUUUCAACCUUUGGCAAAACUUUCACUUGGCAUUUACCUCGUAAAUUUUGGGCUUAUUUUCAUCCCGUUUCACAGUCAACAGACCAAGCCUUUGGAUAUCAACAUCAGUACCACAUUGUACUACUGGUUGGCAGCCCUUAUCCAAACUACGAUGAUCGCACUGCCUCUACACCUUUGUAUUGAGAUGCCUUUCUACAAGUUGGCCUGCAAGUAUUUUGCAACUCAAAAGGAAAAAAAUACCUAAAUGCUUAGGUAUAUAAAUUUAAUAAAUGUUAAAAAAAAUAUUUAGACAUAAACAAACAAACCUUUACAUGAUUGUAAAAUACGUUUUUACUUGUAAUAAACUUGA